AUGUCAUCAUUUAAAUUUAACCCAAAUAUGAAUCUGAACCGAAAAUCCUUUCGGCAACGAAAGGUAGAUAAUAAGAAGCCUAUGCGCAUAAUGUUUCAACAUGAAAUCAGUGAAGAAGACAUGCUACCUGUCAGUAGGGCAGGGGUUGAUGUGGAAACGGGCGUAGAAAAAGAGGAAGAAGAGGAAAUACAUCUUGUAACAGCAUUAGAAAAACGUCAACAAGGGAUCGAAGAGGGAAAUGGUACAUCAACGGGUGAUGGUGAACCUGCGAUCCCUUGCCCAGACUCUGAUGCCAAUAAAAGACAUCUAUUUCCACCCACAUGGAAAAUGUCACAUACAUUCCUCAAAUUUUCUACACCAAUACUGGAAUGUGUCGGUUGUUUAUACAACAUGGAUGAAGAUGAUGAAAAAUGGUUAAAUGAAUAUAAUUCAAAAUCUGGUAACAAUUUAAGUGAAGAUGAUUUCGAAGAGAUAAUGGAAUUUCUUGAAAAUCAAGCAAAAAACAAACCACAUUUGUUGACUGCUGAGACAAAAGAUGAGGAAGAUAACCCAUAUGUUUGUUUCCGCCGUCGCGAACUUAAACCAAUUAGGAAGACUCGUCGUACUGAGACACAAUCUUUCGAUAAAUUAAGAAGAAUAAGGCGUGACGUACACAAUGGUCGAGAAAUAAUAGUUAAAGUAAAAGCUCGUGAAAGAUUCAAGAAGCAGAGGAUUGAAUUAAAUCGAAAAAUAUUUAUAAAAGAAUGUGAUAUAAAGGAGAUGCGGAAAGAAUUGGGAAUACAAAACAAUUCUAUUUCGGAUUCACAGCAAAGGAACCGAAGAAUAUCUACCUCAUCUAUGGAUACUAUUGGGAAAUUUGACGCUGAUAAAUUAAUGUUACCUCCAGCAUUUAGAAGUCGUUAUGGUCGUGGAGGUCGUAAACGUCGUACGAUCGAUCGCCUUGAUGUGUUCACAAUUUACCGCAUGAAAAGGCCAAAGAAUAAUAAAUUUAAAUACGAUUCGGAUGAAAUGGAUGAUGUUUACAGCGAUGAUGAUAUGGACUGUGACGAAAUCGAUGAUAACGAAGAUUUUCAAAAUCUCGGUGCGUUCCGUACUAAAAUUCAAAAAGAUAAACAGAAUUCUCCGAGACAGUGCUCACGUGAUGACGAUCCUCGAGUUUCUCUUUCAGGUUCACAAUCUAGACCGAGUUCAGAUGUUCGAUCAAAUUCUGAACCGCGAGCUGAAGGCUCGUCUUCAAGGGGAAAUCCUGAUUCACGAAUUACAAUUGAUAUGGAUUCAUCACGUCCCAAUAUAUUACCUAGGACUGUCGUGGAUCAGCGAUCAGUCAGACCUAAUUAUGAUCCUAAUCUCACUUCAAGAACAGCACAAAUUCCGAUUCGGGACCAACGUGUGAACUCGGCUAUUCCCGUGUCAAUAUCUAAUCGUGAUCAGCAUCUUUCUACGGAUAUUAGUGUAAGCCGGGAUCAACUUUUAAAUACUGGUUCUCUUACUGGACGCGACCAACGUUUAUCUAUCGAACAGAAUCAAUCCAGUGAUCAACGAUUACUUAACGAAUCACGUCCUAACAUCGAUGCUCGUGCCAAUUUAUCUCACAACGGCCACGCAGUGAGGGCAUCUUUAUCACUGAAUCAUCGAGAUGCAACGCCUUAUCGACGUCCAAUUCCACGAAAUGUUCGUAUAUCAGAAGAUUCCACAAACGCUAAUGGCGUAUCUGGCCUCGGACUUGUUCAAACGACAAGAAUAACAUCGCCUUUACAAGGUGGUGCGACUGGAAUUGUUCCCACAAACGUCCACAUUAAUGGUCACGGCUCCGUAAUGCAACUUUCACAGAUGACACCACAAGUAGCCACAAGACAACUAUCAGGAAAUACGCAAACUAAUGUUACAUCAGCGAUAAGUAGUGCUGAACUUACUCGGACGUCCUCAAACCCUGGAAUAAUCAUGAACAAUACUACUCCGGUGCUUACUCGGACACCGUCUAAUCCUGGAAUGAUGGUGAACAGUGUAACACCAGGACUUUCUAGAACACCUUCAAAUCCUGGAGUCAUAAUUAACGAUCCAAAUAAAAUCAAUAAUGGUACUGCUUUGGUUAAUUCUGGACAUAGGAUAACUAUUACGAAUGGUGGGCAACCAACUUUUACUAAUGGUAGUCCUGUUGCACCGUCACAACAAGCAACACAUCUUAAUGUACAAUCUACACGUCCCCAUAUGAGCAUAAAUAACCCUAGAGGACUUUCUAAUGAACAAUUUGUUCACUCAUCUGACCAAAAUAAUUUGCAGAUGAUGCAACCUAGUAAUAUAGUAACACCGUCAACAGCUGCUAAUCAAACUUCAAUUCAAACUAUAAUUGUACCUAGCAUCGGUUCGAACGGCCAGCCAAAUUCUUCCUCUCAACAAAUUCAGAAUAACGGGACAAACAACAUAGUACCAAACAAUGGAUCAUCGAACCUCAGACAGGGUAAUGUACAGGCAAAUAGCGGUACCACUCUACUGAGACAUGCUAUGAAUCAAAAUUUUGUACAUCAAAGUGGUGUUGUUGGUAACAAUAAUAUGGUACGUGCCGCUGGGUUUCCUUUAGCAAGAUUUGACCGAGAUAGUUUACAAGCCUUUGGAAUUUUACCCGACUCCGUUCAGCAGGUUAAUAGUGCAUCAAAUCCAAACAUUAGACAAACUAAUAUGAUGUCACCAAAUGGGCAAAAUAAUGUAAACAGUAUGCGACAAAGCUUUCUUAUGUCUAAUGGUGCAGUUUCUGUGGCUAGCAACAUGGCACAAAUUAACCAACGUCCUGUAGUUCUUUCUAAUGGGACGGUCUCUGCGGCUUUCGUCGCCAACGGUGUUCCAAAUUUAAAUGUCCGUCAAAUGCAGGCGAAUGUUCAAUCUAGUAUUAAUCUUCGACCAAUGACGCCAAAUGGCAUUCGACAAGUCCAUCCGAACGGAGCAUCAAGCCAAGGUUUGCGUCAGAAUAUUGUAGUGCCUACUAAUGGGUUUAUGAAUGCAAGCCCGGUUCAGCUGUCAUCGAAUGUAUCGAUUAGUAAUUUGCGGCAACCUAACAUACCUAGUCAGGCGUCACCAACUAGAGAUUCAACGAAUGGAAUGUAA